UCUGGCCCAGGGCGUCGGAGCACUCCCCCUGGAACUCGCCGUGCGAGAUCCCCUGCACUUCCCCUGGCAUUGCCUUCCCUGUUCUCCCAUCUCUUCGUCCCGGCCGUUCUCGUGCCCUCUGCGUCGAUCGCCGCCGCUUCAUGCCGCAUGCCGCCACCGACGCAGCCGCCGCCGUCGUCCCCGGACGACCCGGAGCCCUCGGUGGCGCGGGAGAUGGACGACGAGGACCUCGUGGAGGAGCUCCUGGUCACCGUCAACUCGGCCCGGGCCUUCGCCGAGUUCCGCCGCGCGCAGCGCAAGGAGUGCGCCAACCUCCUGCGCUGGCUGCAGCUCGUCCUCCCGCUCCUCGAGGAGCUCCGCGACGCCGCGCCCCGGCUCACCGACGACGCCUACCGCCGCCUCACCCUGCUCGGCCGCGCGCUCGCUGCCGCGCGGCGCCUCCUCCGCUCCUGCCACGACGGCAGCAAGAUCUACCUGGCGCUUGAGAGCGAGACCGUGCUGGCCAAGUUCCGCAGCGUGUACGAGAAGAUGCACAGCGCGCUGGACGGGAUGCCGUACGCCGAGCUCGCCAUCUCCGACGAGGUCAAGGAGCAAGUCGAGCUGAUGAACGCGCAGCUGAUGAGGUGCAAGAAGCGAACGGACACGCAGGACAUGGAGCUGUCGAUGGAUAUCAUGGUGAUCCUCCAGAACAAGGAGGACGAGAGGAACGCCGACAGGGCGAUCCUGGAGAGGCUGGCCAAGAAGCUGGAGCUGCAGACGCUGGCGGAGCUGAGGGCGGAGACCAAGGCCGUAAAGAAGAUCAUCAACGAGCGGAACGGGCAGCAAGGCGACAGCACCAAGCAGAUCAUCGACCUGCUCAACAAGUUCAAGGAGAUCGCCGGCGUCGACGAGAAGAACGUCCUGGGCGAUGUCUCCAUGCCCAGGAGCUUGGACAAGUGCCCCUCCCUGAUGAUCCCCAACGACUUCCUCUGCCCAAUAACGCUGGAGAUCAUGACCGAUCCUGUCAUCGUCGCCAGUGGACAGACGUACGAAAGAAGAAGCAUUCAGAAGUGGCUGGACAGCGGAGAGAGGACGUGCCCCAAGACACGGCAGCCACUGGCGCACCUGUCGUUGGCGCCCAACUACGCUCUGAAGAACCUGAUACUGCAGUGGUGCGAGAAGAACAUGGUGGAGCUGCAGAAGAGGGAGCCAGAGCCCGCCGCCGGCGAGCAGGACGACAAGCGCAAGGAGGACAUCCCGUCGCUGGUGGAAGGCCUGUCGUCGCUCCACCCCGACGUGCAGCGGAAGGCGGCGAAGAAGAUCCGGAUGCUCUCCAAGGAGAGCCCCGAGAACCGGUCGCUCAUCGCCGACAGCGGCGGCAUCCCCGCCCUGAUCGGCCUGCUGGCCUGCCCGGACAAGAAGGUGCAGGAGAACACGGUGACCUCGCUGCUGAACCUGUCCAUCGACGACAAGAACAAGGUGCUCAUCACCAGGGGAGGCGCCAUCCCGCUCGUCAUCGAGAUCCUCCGCAACGGCAGCCCGGAGGCGCAGGAGAACUCCGCGGCGACGCUCUUCAGCCUGUCCAUGCUCGACGAGAACAAGGCGGCGAUCGGAAGCCUGGGAGGGCUGGCCCCGCUGGUGGAGCUCCUCCGGAGCGGCACCGCGCGGGGGAAGAAGGACGCCGCCACGGCCAUCUUCAACCUGGUGCUCACCCCGCAGAACAAGGCCCGGGCCACGCAGGCGGGCAUCGUGCCGGCGCUGCUCCGGGUGAUGGACGACAGGGGGCUCGGCAUGGUGGACGAGGCGCUGUCCAUCUUCCUGCUGCUGUCGUCCCACGCCGCGUGCCGCGCCGAGAUCGGGACGACGGCGUUCGUGGAGAAGCUGGUGCGGCUGAUCAAGGACGGCACGCCCAAGAACAAGGAGUGCGCGCUGUCCGUGCUGCUGGAGCUGGGCACCAACAGCAGGCCGCUGCUGGUGCACGGGCUCAGGUUCGGCCUCCACGAGGACCUCUCCAAGAUCGCCAAGAACGGCACCAGCAGAGCGCAGAGGAAGGCAAACUCGCUCAUUAAGCUGGCGCGCAAGUGCUAGCUGGUUGUGUUGGAGGCGCACAAUGUAUUUGUAAUCCAUUUUGGGGGCAUAUACAGAAUUUUUUUCGUGUAUCUCGUAUUCACGGCCAACAACAGAUUUCUUGCGUUUUACUAGGGUGGAAGGA